CACGGGAGGAAGCAGAGGCCCCAGAAAGGCUGGAUCCUGCCUGUGGCCCAUGGCUCUAGCCGCUUGGCCUUUAGCCCGGUGGCCUCCUCCCACCCAGGGCUCUCCCUCAGGCAGACCCCACUUUGUAAGCUCCAGCCCCUAGUGGAUUAGAGCCCUGGGCUCCCUGGGCGACCGCUGAAGCUUGGCUUACCUGUGAGGUGCAGGCUGCUGGCCGGAAGGAGCAGGGCGUGCCUACCUGCCCAGCAGUCCAGCCGUCCGUCCGCAGGGCCCCACACCGGGGCCUGCUGCAUGGCGGCCGGCGGCGCUAAGGCGGCUGGCAUGAAACCCAAGCUGAGAGGACAUCAAUCAUUCAUGGGGUUGCUUUCUGGGAAACCCUAACCCCAGUCCAGUAGGGCCAAGUGACCAGCCAGGCCCCUCCAUCCUCGAAAAUGCCAAAUGGCUGAAACCCCCUCACCCUGGGCCCCUCCAGCUCAGUGCAGGCUCUGGGUUCCUCCAGGGUGCACCUCCUCUGACCUCACCCCCAUGCCGCUCAGUCUGGCAUUCAAGGCCUCCGUGAUCUUUCUUCCUCAAUUUCACACACCCUCUGCUCCAGCCAGGAUGUCAUCCAUGAGGGGGCCGUUGUGGGCAACUUGUCCUGUCCUUUCUCACCUCCCAGCCUGUGCCCACACUCUUCCUCCUGCCUGAGAUGCCUUCCCUUGUCCUCUCUUAGCUAAGUCCUGCCCAUGUCACACAACUGGGUUGAGUUCUCAACUCUUCAGCAAUAUUAGCCCCAUUUUACAGAUGAGGCAACUGAGGCUUAGAGAAAUUAAUUUGCUGGGUCUCCCAGCUCAUAAAUGGCAGAGCUGGAGUCCGAAGCUCACUGCAGCCACCGUUUCCCGAUUCCCCUUGUUGCCGAGGACACAUCUGGCUCAGCCCUGACCACACGGGGCAGAGGGCCUGGAUUAGGGCCUGUGCUACCUGCCUCCCUUACCCUAAUCCCCCUCAGGGCCCGAUCUCAGGCCAUCAGCUCUCAGGGCCGGGAUUAGGGCCUGUGCUGCCUGCCUCCCUUGCCCUAAUCCCCCCAGGGCCCGAUCUCAGGCCAUCAGCUCUCAGGGUGUGUAAGCAGCUCUAUGGGUCCCGAGAGCUAAGGGUGCUGCUCCCUGGUGCUGCAUCUCUGAGGCUUGUCGCCCUUCUCCCCAUGGCCACAGAACAGGCGAGCGGGCAGCAUGGAUCAGACCUGGCCCCCCACCCCCAGAAGCCCUCUGUGGGGGUUGUGGCUCCCACGAAUGGUGCUGAGGGGCAACCCUUAACCAGGAGGAGGAGCAAGAGGGAGAGGGGGCUUCAAGGGUCCCGGAAAGGCGUUGGCAACUCUGGGGAACAGACCCCCAUCCAGGGCCCCGAGGCCCCAGGGAGCAGCAAGAACCCCUUUAAGACAGGAGGACAAGAGGCGCCAGCCCCCGCAGCCCCUACGCGGGCCGCUCAUCGUCGCCAGUCCCGCCGGCACCGUCCUGCUCCCGAGCAUGAUGCUGCUCAGAAGAUGCACGGGCCCCUGCUCAACCGCCUCUUCGGGAAGGACCGCGAGCUGGGCCCCGAGGAGCUGGAUGAGCUUCAGGCUGCCUUUGAGGAGUUUGACACUGACUGUGACGGCUACAUCGGCUAUCGGGAUCUGGGCACCUGCAUGAGGACACUGGGCUACAUGCCCACCGAGAUGGAGCUCAUCGAGGUCUCACAGCAUGUCAAAAUGCGAAUGGGUGGCCAUGUGGACUUUGAAGAAUUUGUGGAACUGAUGGGCCCAAAGCUGAGGGAGGAGACUGCGCACAUGUUGGGGAUUCGAGAGCUGUGCAUCGCCUUUCGAGAGUUUGACAGGGACAGGGAUGGACGAAUCACAGUGGCAGAGCUGCAGCAGGCAGCACCGGCCCUGCUGGGGGAGCCGCUGGUGGACCCUGAAUUGGAUGAGAUGUUCCGAGACGUGGACCUCAAUGGGGACGGCACUGUGGACUUUGAUGAGUUUGUGAUGAUGCUUUCCACGCACUGAGGUUCCAGAAGGGAGACUGCAUUGCCCCUCUGGCCCCAGACUAGCAGGGUUCAUGCUGCAUACCCUCCCAGGGAGGCCCCAGGAUGGGAGAGGCUAGCAGCCUCCCGGCUUCUUCUGCCCCUGACAACACCUGGCCGGAGAGUUUGCUUGUGAUGUCACCUGCCCACCCUCAUCUUCACCUCCCUCCCACCCAAGCUGCCUGGAGAAAACCUGCCCAUCAUUCCCCAGUGUGAGCAAGAUUUAGACCUCUCUAGCCGCUUGGGAGGUAGGGAGCUCCCUAGCACUGGCGGCAUUCAAAGAUGGGACAGUUUGGGGAGUUAAUUAAGAGGGUGGCUAGACGCCCCAUUACUUAUAUGUAGAAAUGUUAAAAAAAAAAAAGCUGAACUUGAAAGAAAGAAAGGGAUGACCCUAGGUACCAAAGAUACAGAGAACUCUAAGCUGAGUGGUGGUAGGGAGCAGACACAGUGGGGGCUUCAGACCUGGAGGUUUGAGAGCCUGGGCUCUGACAUCAGGAGUGACAAAAGACCUAUAAAAGUGUGGGAGCAAGACAUGACCUUGAGUACAUUCCAGGGUCUCGAAAGGGUACCCUGUUCUUGCAAAGGGAACCAAGAUAUAAUUCUACCUACCAGCCUGAGGAAUUGGCAAGGAUAUAGAUAUCCCAGACCUUGAGUGGAAAAAGUUACCCUAGAGAAUCAAAGACUCAGGCCUGCACAUCAAGCAAGAAUGAGGUCUAUCUCCAUGGUAUGAAAAGCUGGAGAAAUAGGAAAAAACUGCUGAGAAGGGCACUCUUUCAACCCCGGGUACAUGGGACACACACACAACUGUGUCACGUCUGAAAAUGAACUCAUGACAAAAAAUUACAAAUCACAUAAGGAAAUAAGUCACCCUGAGCGAGUGCAGGCAGAUGCAACAAACAGGGGAAUUGGCACUCCAAAGUGUAAAUAAUAGAACCAUCUAAAAGAGACCAUAAAGUAAAUGCGAAAAAAAUUAAAAAGAUAAAAGAAGGAAGAGAAACCAAUAACAGGAUACUAAUAAAACUGAACAGGGAGAUUAAAAAAAAGUAACACAAUGCAACUUCUAAAAAUAAAGGCUAUAGGGCCGGCCGAGUGGUGCGUUGGU